UCUCCACUGGCUGACCAGCAGCCCGUCGUUCGCCUUCUAAUCCUCUCGCGAUUGUUUUCCCUCGCAACAAUCUUCCUCUUCGAAACUGUUCGCGUCGAACUUCCCGUCCGAUUUUCGUGAAAACAGAAUCCUCGGAACGUUUCAUUUACAACGGGCGUGUUUUUAAACGCGCGUGAAAGUCUCGUGCGGGAAACGCGAGCAGAAAACGCGGCAGUGUUGCGAGAACGCAUUGUUCAAAAAUAGUCGGCUGUGUUUCGGAGCGGCGCGGAGUCCCGCCGGGUUCGCGGCCUCCGCUUCGACGAAAGACUCGAACGAUUCGAGGAAUUCGAAUUAAAGGAGGCCGAGAAGGCGCGCGGGUUCGUUGAUUAAUGAAUCUUGUUACGCGUGCGAAUUUAACCGCGUAACGAGGAAGACCGAGAGGGACGAGAGAAUAUCGUUCGUCUCGUUAGAAUUUUUCCUCGAUAUUCUUGGACGAAGCCGAGUUUCGUUGACCGUACUCUUGGAAAACGUUCAAGCGGGAUCUAGGCAGGACUCCGAAGAGGAUCAACGAUGUCGAAUUCGUGUCAAGGCUUCGAGCGAUCGUUCGACCGUCGAGACCGUUCCUCCGAUCGAAUCGCAGUCGACGACGAUCAGCAAACGGGAUGCACCGAAUCGCGUCAUCUACGAACGUGCUGCACUUUACGUUCUUAGGUAGAACGUCGAACGAGUGUUGGCGGAUUUGAUAUAGAGACCGAACCGGAAACCAUCCUGCCCCGUUGACCCGAUUCCGCGGAAAACUCGACUCGCGUAGAACGCGGAAAGUCGGCAAACAUGGAUCGAAGUUUCAAGAACAACGCGGACUUCAAGAUGAAUCAGCAGAACUUCAAGCUGAGCGACUUUGGGAUCGAGACAAAGUCCAUCCACGCGUGUGAACACUCGAAAGCUAAGUACACUCAGAUCGGGAGCGUGCAGAAGUCGCGACAGAUGCAAAUCGGAGCCGGAAGACACGGUACCUCUCCUUUGCAGCUGAUCGUCUCUAAUCGUUCUCAGUUAACUUCUAAUGGUUCCGCGUUAACGUGCAACGUUGUUCAGAUGCAGAACGUAACCGGUGAUCGAUUUCAAGCCUCCAGUCCGAGCAGUUUGACCGGAAACGGUUCGAUGUUACAGCCGAUCGUUUCCUCGGUACCAUCGCCUGGUUACUGGAAUCAAUACGGAGGACAGGAGAGCGGGUAUGGCUCGGACGAAUUUGGCCAGGACUCCCCUAGAUACACCUCCCCCAAAGCUGCGACCCUCUACGCAGACCCUUAUUAUAUCGAUGGGAACGCGGCAGGAACGGGUCCCGGUGAUCCAUGGACAGGAGGCGGUGGCGGCGUUCAGCCCCCGUACAGCGGAUACGCACCCCCUCACCUGGCCCAACCAGCUUACCCUAUGCACCUACCCCACGACCCCAUGGCGUAUUCGGCCAUGUCGCCGAACGGAGAACCUGCGGCACCGAUUCUGGGCUCGGCGGUGACCAGUGCGGCCUCACUGCCACCGAUGUCGACAUUCCGGGGUAGCGGUGCGGUUGCGGCGAACAGUGGUACCGGUGCACCGUCCCCGGCAUCCUUGCAAUAUAGUCAUAGUCCUGGAGCACCGACCACCGCACCCUCCGCGCCCAAUCCUCCACCUACGACCAAUCAACCACCCGCGACGGGGGAUAACCUUGGCAAAACGCUCGCGUCUGUAGUAAGCACCAGAAUCUACCCCACGGACCAAUCAGUAUCGAGUUACAGCAGUAACCCAUCGACACCAGUCAGUUCGCCUCCACCUUUGACGGGUUCGGCGCCAGGCUGGGCACCAGGUGCCGCGCCGGUAUCCCCGCACUUCACGGCGGAUCCCAAUCGUGGAACCAUUCACAUGCCGGCGCCUGAACAGCAGAGGCUAGACGAUGCCAUCGGCUUCCUUCGCGACCAUGCCGAGUUGGUACAGGGAACGCGGAUGGAGGAACGACUGGACGAUGCCAUAAACGUUCUAAGGAACCACGCGGAGAGCCAACUGGGCCUUCACCUGGGCCCCGUUGGUCCACACGGUUCCAUCUACUCUCACACAUCACCACCGCAAUUGGACCAUUUGACGAGUCCACAUCCUGCGGUAACAGUGACGCAACCUCAGGGCUUUUAUUCUGGUCUCACGCCAACGCCCGACACGGACGGUUCCAUCAAAAUAGAAAAGUUACCUGUGACGAAUGCCAAAUACGUCUCUUUAGAAAAGAGAAAGGAACCACCGGAUAGUAGCGGCGGUGAAACGAAACCUUCGAGCAGCGAGUUGGCGGCAGCAGGUGUGAUCGGCGCGGCCACGGUCAAUUCUACGUCGCAAGGAAAAGGGACGAAGAGAUCGCGUAGAUAUUGUUCGAGCGCUGAUGAAGAUUGCGACGAUCCCAGCACUAAAGCGGUGCGCGAAAAGGAACGUCGCCAGGCCAACAACGUGCGUGAAAGGAUACGUAUCAGAGACAUCAACGAGGCUCUGAAAGAGCUUGGAAGAAUGUGUAUGACCCACCUGAAAACGGACAAGCCUCAAACGAAGCUCGGUAUCCUAAACAUGGCCGUCGAAGUGAUCAUGACGUUGGAACAACAAGUUAGAGAACGAAACCUGAAUCCAAAGGCAGCAUGCUUGAAGAGGAGGGAAGAAGAAAAAGCAGAAGAUGGUCCUAAACUACCCGGACAUCUCGCAGCGCACAUAGCUCACCCACAUCCUCAUCCCCACGCGCAUUCUCAGCCACCUUUCUCCGCGAUGCCUGGUCCACCACCGCCGCUUCAGCACAAUCCGUCGCAGCCGCAGUAGCAGCGGCUCAGUGGCGGUGUGAUCCUGUGUUAAAGGGGUAGAUACGGCUUAAAGUUGUCAUAGUUUUUUGGAACUUUCGCGGGACUUGCACAUACAGAUAGGACAUUUUUUUCCCCCUCCCCCUACCCUGUCGAUCGUACACCGAUGGUGUACGAGAGAAAAUCGUGAGGGGUAUUAACGCGGCGUUAUACAGAGACACAGGUGCGCGCGCGCGUGUAAACACUACUCGGAACGUAAUUCUACUUACGUUGAAUCGUGGCGACGAUGAAUCGCCGAUGAAAAGGUAUCGAAAAGAUGAUGCCGUUUAGAAAUAUUGCUGUGCGCCAAGUGCAGCGCAGAACACUGUGUGCCGUAUAUGAUUCAGAUGCGAGAGAAUCGCGAUAAUAUCCUAGAGUUCUCCUUUAGCGAGCCUCUCGUACAGGCCGUACGAGGCAAACGGAGAAUAAUUUCUGUAUGUCUAUUGCGAGCGUCAAACGAGAUAAUGAGUGAGGAAACGAGCGAAUGAAACGAGAGUACGAGAUUGGAACGGGUGCUUUUUAAGAGGUAUCUACCCCAUCCCACUCCCCGAAGGCGGCUUCAAAUUAUUUUUAUAAAUAGCGAGAAGACAAAGGAAUACGUGUAGGAGAUGUUUGCAGUAAUUCCUACUCGACGGGUUCUGAUUGAAAUUCAAGACAUUUUUAAGAGAUCGUUUGGUGCAUCCGUUAUCGCUCGAUGUUCCUCCUCCUUUAUUAACGUCCAUUCUGAAUAUCAUUCACACCUGUCAUUUUAUUCUUUUUCUAGUAUAGUACCUCUUUAUUGCCACGAGAUCGUUCUUGCGGUAAUUUUGGCCCUCCAGAAAGAGAACCCACCUCGCCAUCCUUACGUACAACCUCCCCGUUGUUAAAAUGCACGACAAUCCGUUAUCGUUACAAACGGAAUCCCUCUAAGGUAAGUCUGAAAUUAAAUUCGAGUACCUCGAUUGCCGCGAGAACUUUCAACUCGUUAAUUGUAUAUUUUUCUGUUCGACUGUUGUUUCACUGUUCUUCGUGAUAUUAUAUCGAAUUUGCAAUUUUAUCGUGUCGAGAAGAUUUGGUUUGAUAAGUUCUGACUGAUGGGUAAACUGUACCCUACUGUUAAUUGAAUAAGCAAUUAAUUAUUCUUUGUUGAUAAUCGUAGUCGUGAACUUAGUUCAUUAUAAUGUCCUAUUUAUCAAAAUCGAGUUGCUUCUUGAUACAUUACCUUUUUAUGUACAUAUGUUUACUUGUGACGCCGUACAGCUGCUCCGUUUUCCUCGUGACUCGUCAAGUUUUUAUUUAUAAAAUUUAUUUAAAUAAAUUAAAAUACAAGGGCAACUGCAUGCACGUCGAAUCGAACUGCGUUUUUGUUUAAGAACAAAAUAUCCCUUUUGACUUUUAAUCGAUCAGAGGUACGUUACAUGUUGGUACGUACACGCGAUAUUAACUUUUUUUUUUAUAUUUCUCUCCGUUUCCGUUCCACUUUUCCACUUACAUUUUAAUUUCACGAAUGAAAAGUAUAUCGCAGCCUGUUGCGAUCUCAGAAUUUUAACAAAAUUUUCGUACUCUUAGAAUGAAACGUUGCAUAUCAAAAAUAAAAAGGAAUGGAUGAACAUUUCGUGUGCGUGUAAGACCGAUCUCAGGAACACAGUCAGAAUCUUCUAAUUAGAUAUAAAAGCGCGUAAGAAAAGUCAUGAAAUCGUGCAUUCAAUAUUAUCUUUUAACGAAGCUUUGAUUUUGAUGUGAACCGGUUGAACAGAGAUUGCUACAAAUGUCUCCUACAAUAAUAACGACAAUAAAUAGCUCGUAAGCCCGUCUAAGCUAGGCACACCUGUCUAUAGUCUUAGAUAGUCAAAAGUGGAAAAGCGAAAUAAGGUGAAGAGAGUGCGCCAACAGUUCGGUUCGAGUUGUAAUCGACGAUCGCGAUUAUAUAUAAAAGAAAAAAAUGAAAUAAGGUGUUUUUACGCGAACGUGUUAUAUGUGACAUUUUUUCGGUCACCAAUUAUUUAUAUAUGGUAUUAGUUACGUUUAAGACUUUCGAAAUCGUUCUUGAAUUUUAGUUUAAUCCUUUUUCUUUUCGACUAUUCAGGCAUACUUUUCCGUUUUUUCUCUUUACUAUUUUCCUCCCUCUUCUUAAAGCGUAUUAUACAGAUUGUUGCGGGAGUCGAGACCGGUUGUCUUUUUUGUUGAUUCUCGUUAUAGAACGACAAGAUCGCAUCGAUCGUUUGAAUUGAAAAUUAUAUUAUAUAUACGCGAUCCACGAGUUGCAGAGUUUUCAUCUUUUUUUCCCCCCUCGCACCCCCGUCAGAACUCUGAAACUCGCGGUUCCUAUUUGGAUCGAUGCGAUCUUCUCGCAUCGAUCGUGUAUCACGCGUUGCGUUAAAUAAAAAGAAAAAAAAAAGAAGCAUAUCGUUGAAAACUUGGCUAAGCAGAAUGCCGCUAGGUUUAUUAAAUUGACAAUUAAUGAUCGCGCGGUCGAACGACGACGCUGAUGAGAGAGCCCAGGUUUGCCCGGGACACGAUUGUCGACGAGUGAAAUCACACGUGUAUAUUAGAUCUAACGACAUUAUUGUAUAAUAUGUAAUUAAACGAGAAGUGUACGUAGGUCUGGCGUGGCUAGUUCGCGUGACACCGGGCCUUAAAUGAAAACAGAAGAAAAGAAAGGAAGAAAGGUGAAGAAAGGAUAAUCGAGAACGAUCGAUCUUUCUGACAAGCAAGCGAUUGUUAACAGAACAAGACGCGACUCUAUCAACAUCGAUGAAGCACGAGCUGAAUAUUAUACAUAUAUUUGAAAGAAAGAAAGGAGAGAGUGGGUGAGUGAAUGCGAGAGAAAAAGAGAGAUAAUGUGUGCGUCGAGAGAGCGUUUCGUUUGAGAAAGAAAAAAAUGUAUAAUUAUCACUAGUAAUAUUAUUAUCACUAAUAAUAUAAUAAAUGUGCCAUUUUUUCCAUAAUCACGGCGUUGCCUGAUUGUAGCUUUCGUUCAUCAUUAUUAUUUUUCUUUUUUUUUUUUUUUUAAUUUUUGUUUCGUUUUCGUACAAGCUGUUCACAAAUUUUUCUUUCACUUCUCUUCUCGGUUGAUUUUCCUUUUAUUUUUUUUUUUUCUUUCUCACUCGAGCUUCCGUUUGUACAUUACACGCUCCCCAGUAUUAGACGAUACACGAAGAAGAAGCACCAAUAUCUUACGUUUUGUCUUUUUACUUUUUAGAUUGCGUCUCGGUGUAAGUUUUGUUCUUCAGCCGCCUAAUUAUGCUUAGAUACGAACGUAUACAUAGUGUAGAUACGUUUAGUGUUUAAGACAUACUUUUAAUUGCCGGACAAGUACAGUGUUAGCUGACUGUAUUCGCCCUGGUCGCUUCUAACCAUUCAGCUGUAAAAGCUAAUACAAAUGUCGACCUAUCAAGGUUUGUAAUACAGAUUUUCAACGUUUUCAGGAA